AUGGCUAAACAAGUGUCACAUUUCAACCCUCUGGCUCUGUACAAUCUGUUUUCCGCUGGAUUGUGGGGGUACCUGCUCUUCAAAGUCAUUUUUGAAUACUCGAAAUUGGGGCAACCUGCGUUUUACGAAUCGACCAAGAAUUCACUAACCUAUGUUCAAUUGGGAGCUCUGAUUGAGAUUCUGAACUCGUUGUUAGGCAUUGUACGUGCACCAUUGCUCACUACCCUGGCUCAAGUCGCUUCCAGACUUCUCAUUGCGGUUGGAAUUUUUCAAUAUGUUCCAGACGCUCCAAACGCACGCGCAUGGCCCUAUGUGUCCUUGAUUUCUGCAUGGUCUGCUACAGAAGUUGUGAGAUACUUGUUUUACUACUUUAAUUUGACCUCUAGUUCCGGUGCACCGGUUUUUCUGCAGAUCUUGCGCUACAAUAUGUUCUGGGUCCUGUACCCCCUGGGCGUUUUGUCUGAACUUUUGAUCAUUUAUUCCGCGUUGCCCCUCGUCGAAACAAGAUUUGGCAUUGUCUACCACCGUUUACUUAUCGUGGCAAUGCUCACGUACAUCCCGGGCUUCCCCAUGCUAUUCACACACAUGAUGGUCCAGAGAAAGAAAACCAUGAAGGCUCUUUUCUCGCAAAAGAAGAAACGUACCGAAAAGGCUGACUAG